UAUUACUAAAUGUUAUAUAUAUCAGAGGCAUACAUAUUGCUAAAAAUUGUUUUGAUCUAUUUUGAAUUGGAUCUAGUUUGUGUUCUUUGAUUAAAGUUUCUUUAUUAUUGACUUUGAAUUCUGUCCUAUUAUGUAGGGAUAUCCUCAGCUGCAGAGGGCAAAAAUCCUCACAGAGCUUCUCUGACUUUCCCCAAAUUCCACACCUGAUCUUACUGGCCGUACUUGUUUAACUUUUCCGCUGUCAUGUUAAGAGCCAGUUUAAGGUUUCCUUCGGUAAAUAUUUACUCAUCAACCAUAGUCUCGUCCACAUUUUCAACGCCUCAGCUUCGCAAGAAUGGUUCAUAAAACAGUUGCACUGUUUUGCUUUGUAAUGGUGAUUUUACUCAGCAUUAUUCUUUUCAUGAUGUCUCAAGAAAAUUUACCUGCUAGCAUAAGAUACAGAUGGAAGGCUAUGCCAGAAAUAAAGGGAAUCAGAGGAGGAAGCUAUGAAAAUGAAGGGCUACGUCAAAAUGAAGGAAACCUUUUGACAUCUUGGCUCAAUGCAACACAGUCUUCAAGAACUGCUGAAACAUCAACAAGGGAUUCAGAGCCAGAGACUGAUAAGAAGAAUAUGUCUGCAGAAUAUCCUAUUCCAAUUAUACACAAAAGUUCCUUCAAAAAGCUUCCUAAGUGGAACUUUGAGGAUAUUUACAAUUUAGAUGCCCCCCCUAGACCUAAUACAUGUUCCCAGUCUUUGCGUAACUCCAGGGAUGAGGACUUCCAGAAAGCCUUCCUUCCCAACAUACGCAUGUUUCUACACAAAGAUAACAUCAACAUGAGAGAGUGGAAUCGACUAUCACAUUUCAACAAUCCUUUUGGUUUCAUGGAUAUGAAGUAUGAAGAUGUUAUGCCUGUGUUGAAGCUCAUCCCAAACCCAAAAGAACCGCUGCUCCGCCCAAAACCUGGCGGGGAUGGCUGUAUCCACUGUGCUGUGGUGGGAACUGCAGGUAUCUUAAACGGCUCAAAAAUGGGAGCUGAGAUUGAUGCACAUGACUACGUCUUUCGAAUGAAUGGUGCAGUGAUCAAAGGUUACGAGGAGGAUGUGGGAAACAGAACAUCGGUGUAUGUUCACACAUCUCACUCAAUCACUGCCUCAAUUUAUAUAUUUAGGAAGUAUGGAUACACAUCAGCUCCACAUGAUGAGGGUAUAAAGUACGUCAUGAUUCCUGAAGGAAUGAGGGAUUACAAAUGGCUAAAACCUCUUAUCGGAGGGGAAGAGACAUCUAGAAAACACCCCAGAACCUACUACUCAGGACAGUACAACGAGAGCCGCUUCUAUGUUUUACACCAGGACUUUCUGCGAUAUGUACGGAACAGGUUUUUAAAAUCACCCAAUCUCAACCGAGGAUACUGGGCAAUUGUCCGCCCAACUAAUGGGGCAUUUGCUAUAUUUACAGCCCUGCACGCUUGCGACACAGUGAGUGCAUAUGGAUUCAUGACAGAAGACUACAGAAAGUACUCCAACUAUUAUGCUGAGAGGCACCUAAAGACAAAUGUAAUUUUCUAUAGCAACCAUGACUACAUUAUGGAGAAGAAUUUAUGGAAGAGCCUUCACGACAAAAAGAUAAUUAAGCUGUUUCAAAGAACUGGAUCACAAAAUGGGGUUGAGGUGCCAAAGCAGACCUGAGAAUGACAGCAAACUGUGAAUGACAGUUUCAGCAAUAAGAAAAAUACCAUGUUAGACAAAAACUGUAGUUAUCAAAACUGUAGUUAUCAUGUUUUUGUGUUGAAUGCAAUAACUGUAAAACAUGUAGACCAGUCAAGGUUUCUUUUAUGAAGGUUGCAUGCAGUAUAACGAAAUGAUACUGAUAUUCUGCAACAGUGACUAGAAUUAAGAUUUUUUUGUUGUUGUGGUUUUGUUUUUAAUCACUGCUGGUAGAACUUCCUAUAAUGGGUAAUGGGUUGGCCCAUUUUAUGGUUCAUCUAUGAUUAAAUUAGGCAGAUUCUAAACAUAUUAUUUACUGCCAAUCAAUAACAAUUACUUUCUUUGUAAUUGAUUAUAUUAACAUUAAACUAUCUUGAAUGCAAAAA